UAGUGACGUGUACUUCUUUUUUGUUAAGAAAUAAAAGCCGCAUCACACCGCUUCUCUAUACUUAGUUAAAAAAGACAGACACUUGAUUAAGGAAAGACCAAAUCAAUCUGAAAGAUAAAACGCCGAGCGACACGUAAGCUCUACGCACAACAAAAAAACAGAAUGCGACAGCUGUCGACUAUUUUAAUACUGGCUUUCAUAGCCGGCAACGCCUAUGGCUUCUACUCCCCUUCAGAUGGAGUUGUGGAGCUGUCGUCCUCAAAUUUCGAUCGGGAAGUUUUGAAAGACGACGCCAUCUGGGUUGUGGAGUUCUAUGCCCCGUGGUGUGGUCACUGCCAGAGCUUGGUGCCGGAAUACAAGAAGCUGGCCAAGGCCCUUAAGGGAGUCGUUAAAGUGGGUUCCGUGAAUGCCGAUGCUGAUAGCUCUCUAGGCGGCCAGUUUGGUGUACGUGGCUUUCCCACCAUCAAGAUUUUCGGCGCCAAUAAAAAGACGCCCACCGAUUACAAUGGCCAACGCACGGCAAAGGCAAUUGCGGAGGCGGCUCUAGCGGAGGCGAAGAAGAAGGUGCAAGCUGCUUUUGGCGGCGGCAGUUCCAGCGGCGGUUCCAGCUCAUCCGGUGAUGAUGUCAUUGAACUUACAGAAGACAACUUCGACAAGCUGGUCCUCAACUCGGACGACAUCUGGCUAGUAGAGUUCUUUGCCCCGUGGUGCGGCCACUGCAAGAAUCUGGCCCCAGAGUGGGCAAGUGCUGCCAAACAGCUCAAGGGCAAGGUCAAGUUGGGCGCUCUCGACGCCACCGCCCACCAGAGCAAGGCUGCCGAGUACAAUAUUCGCGGCUAUCCAACUAUUAAAUUCUUCGCGGCUGGAUCUAAGCGCGCCAGCGAUGCUCAGGAGUACGAUGGUGGACGCACUGCCUCUGAUAUUGUGUCCUGGGCUAGCGACAAGCAUGUGGCCAAUGUUCCAGCCCCCGAACUGAUAGAAAUCACUAACGAAUCAACUUUUGAUAGCGCAUGUGAGGGCAAGCCCCUGUGCGUGGUUUCUGUGCUUCCCCACAUUCUGGACUGCGAUGCCAAGUGCCGUAACAAGUUCCUGGAUACUCUCCGUACCCUGGGAGAGAGUUACAAGCAGAAGCUCUGGGGCUGGGCUUGGGCCGAAGGUGGUCAGCAGCUGGCUCUUGAGGAAUCCCUUGAAGUGGGCGGUUUUGGUUACCCGGCCAUGGCUGUUGUUAACUUCAAGAAAAUGAAAUUCUCCGUUCUGAAAGGUUCCUUCUCCAAGGACGGCAUCAAUGAGUUCCUGCGCGACAUCUCCUACGGCCGUGGCCAUACUGCUCCCGUUCGAGGCGCAAAGAAGCCCGAUAUUGUGUCCGUGGAUCCCUGGGAUGGUAAGGACGGCCAGCUGCCCACCGAAGAGGACAUCGAUCUGAGCGACAUCGACCUAGACGAUGUUUCCAAGGAUGAGCUGUAGGAGAUUAACUCAUACACCACCUACCAUCAAGACUGUGCGGCUCAAGCUCAAUUUUCCACUUACCGAUAAUGAUAACUUGCAUUCUGAAUGAUAAUGAUAUUCUAAGGUCAGCCAGCGUAUCUAAAUAUAAAUAAAACUACGAGUACUAUACUAGCGCGUUUUUUACCAAUCCUCAAAUAGCUUAUAGAGAAUUGAAACCAUCGAACAUAUGAAUUUUGUACCAUGAAUUGAAUAAACUGUGUAACAAAA